AUGCAUUGGAUACUUGCCAUAACUAACGCUUGCAAUGCCUUAACUUACGUCACGCGGUUUUCCUGUGAUAUUUUCGGGUUUUAUGUCGCGUUUAUUUACCUACAGAAAGGAAUCCAGGUACUGACAAGGCAGUGGGGAUUUGCUGGAGAGACAUCUGCCUAUUUGAGCAUCAUGGUGGCUUUACUCGUCCUUAUGGCUGCUUGGAUUUGUGGCGAACUCGGGAAUAGUAAUCUGUUCCAGAGAUACGUACGUAAGUUCUUAGAGGACUACGGCACGCCUCUGACAAUUGUCUUCUUUACUGGGUUCGUGCACAUUGGACACAUGCGAAAUGUCGAGGUUGCGACACUACCUACAACCAAGGCCUUCUUUCCCACUGCUGAUCGUGGAUGGUUGGUUCAUUUCUGGGAUAUUGACGUUGGUGAUAUUUUCCUCGCCAUCCCAUUUGCUUUGCUCCUUACCAUUUUGUUUUACUUUGACCACAAUGUGUCGUCUCUCAUUGCGCAAGGAACAGAGUUUCCCCUCCGCAAACCAGCGGGGUUCCACUGGGAUAUUUGGCUUUUAGGGCUUACCACGUUCAUUGCCGGCAUUCUCGGCAUCCCAUUCCCCAACGGCCUCAUCCCGCAAGCACCGUUCCAUACUGCUGCACUUUGCGUUACUCGAAAUGUUGCGGACGAAGAUGACACGAACAAGGGAAAAACCAUCCGCAUCACUGACCACGUCGUUGAGCAGCGCGUCAGCAAUCUGGCACAAGGACUCUUGACGCUUGGUACCAUGACUGGACCCCUGCUAAUUGUCCUCCAUCUGAUUCCACAAGGUGUCAUGGCAGGCCUUUUCUUCGUCAUGGGUGUCCAAGCGCUACAGGGUAACGGCAUCACCCAAAAGCUGAUCUUCCUGGCCCAGGAUCGGGACCUCACUCCUCGGUCCGAUCGUCUGAAAGGGCUGGAACGACGCUCUGCUAUUUGGGUCUUUGUUAUACUGGAGCUUAUUGGAUUCGGUGGCACUUUCGCCAUUACGCAGACUAUUGCCGCUAUUGGGUUCCCUGUCAUCAUUUUGUUUCUCAUUCCGGUGCGCUCGUUCCUGCUUCCUCGUUGGUUCACCCAGGAGGAACUCUCGGCACUAGAUGGGCCUACGGCAAGUCCGUUUACAAUGGAAAGUGUUGGUGGAGUCUAUGGACAUACACCCCGCUCUGAACAGCCUCAGCAGUCAGGCGAAGGAGGCGGGGUUUUACUUUCUGCAGAGGGAUCGGCAUCGAUGCCUGUGGAAAACGACCUUGAGAUGGGCGUCUACGAGCACCAGGCAAGACGGAGAGGUCACACGGGGAGUCACACUGAUUAG